AUGAGACCCCGCACGCUUCUGUUGGCAAGUCUCUGUCUCUGGUCGGUCCUUUUGGCUUCUGCCCCACGGCUUGGAUUGAACAAGACGGUUUCUUUCAUGGUUUACUCGCCCCUUGACGGAUCCUUUGACGAUUCCAUCCUCACCUUCUCUCCCUUGUGUCCAAUGGCCGCUCCUGCCGCGUCUCCUGAAGGUACUGCCACCACCACGAACACCAACGACGAGAGCGCAGCGGGGUUGACAUCAACAGCAUGGGCAGACGUGUCCGAGUCCGUAAUGGACGCACGAGUGCUCGCGGCCGAGAACGACGAAGUCAUGGACUCUGAAUGGUCCUUCCCUAAGGAAACCCUAGAAUCGAUGACGGCUCAACAGCGAGAAUCGCUUUCGGCACUCCGGGAUUUCUGGGAUGCGAUGGAACAGGUCGUCGGGGACCCUCAGGAGACGGAAGAACUCCGGGAAGAGUUUGAAGAGCAGUUGGAUGAACAGCUCCAGCACCACCAGCACGAGGGAGAGGAGGAUGGGUAUGAGGGUGAGGAUGACACGGAGGGAGAGCUGGGAACGACGGUUAUUACGCAGGAGGAGUUGGUAAAGGGGAUGGAGGAGAAGAUGAUAGAUGCUCGCGAUCAGGCCGGUCUUGAAAAGGAGGGCAAAGUCUUUGGGUAUGUGCCCUGGUGGACGGAGGGUAUGUUGUUUGGUAUAUCGUUGACGAUCGGCGGCAUCCUCGUCGCACUCGCCCAAGCCCGUGCUCAGACCCUCGACCUCCUCCAAACGGCCAUCUCGCGCGAGAAGCGAUUCGGCGACGAGGACGACGAUGAAGUCAUCGAGUCCUCCUCCUCCACUUUCUCCUCCGACAUCGACUCUGACUCUGACUCUGACUCUGACGAGUCCCAAAGCGAAAAGGGCAAACUCGCACCCUCGCAGAAGUCUUCCAAAACGACCAAGUCAAACCCCGCUUUCAUCAUCCCAUGCGCAGCCAGCCGCCUCUUGUUGUUGAUAGCCCUGGUCGCCAACUUCUGGGUGGUCUAUUCAGAAUACUGGGACCUCCCUGCUUUACUCUUUGUCGGUCUUGGGUCUACCGCCGUCCUCCUCGCCCAUGCCUGGGUCCCCCACGAUCUCUAA